AUGACUUCCAGUCUCGCCAGGCAAUUGGCACAGGGUGCAUCGCUAAACAGUGCCCUCCUUGUCGAUCGGUCGCGACGAAAAGCAGCCGAAUCCUACCUCUUCACCGGUGGAGAGGCCGACCUACACGACCUAGAAUCUAUUCAUGCAUUGGGUACCAAUGGAUUUCUUCAGCUCGUAUCCAUCACUCCAGCACUAUCAAAAUUCGAAGGGCCCUUGUUUUCAGACGCGUCAAAGGAAACUGACCGAACCCUUUUGCCCGCCGAGGCUCUUGCCAAACUGGAUGAAACGAUUGGUGCAUUCAUGGUACAGCUGGGGCCGUAUCUGAUGGAGGCGCCAACAGGCAAGGUAAUAGAAUGGCUUGUCAGGAGAUUUAGGAUCAACGAAUUCAAUGUCGAGUCCGUUCUCUCAUUAUUUCUGCCCUAUCACGAAUCGCCUCAUUUCGCCAAGAUGGUAACCAUUCUUCACAUCCGACCCAAUUCUACAUGGAGCUUCCUCAUUCCAUUCAAGAAAGCUGCUCAGAGCGUUCCCAGAAUGGCGCUUGUGAAAGAGAUGCUUAAAAAUUCAGACGUGUCUCGUUUCAUUGCCAACCUCCUUCCAGCCGCGAUUAAAGGAGGAUACUCCCAUCGGUCGCUCUUGGCUUUCAAUGCUGCUGCUCUGCACGACUACAUGAUACGCAGCAAAGCACUAGAUGACGGAACUCUGGCUUAUCUUCUACCUGCUCUUCUUGAGCCCUUGCAAAAUCUCUCCGAACUCUCAAGUAAAGAUGCUAUUCUGGGCAGCUAUAUCUUGCUAUCGACCCUGUCCCACAAGUGCAGCUUCACCGCAGCUGCUCAAAAGGCCAUUGUGGUGGCCAUGUCCUCCUGUGCAACUCGUGUGUCUUCCAAGCAAUUCGUAAGUGCCUUAGUCUCGGUGUGUGAGGGUCAAGAUGGAAUGGAAGAUCUCCCAGACAGUAUUGUCAACAUAAUACUUUGCCUCCCGAAUAUUUCCUCCGAAGUAGGCGAAGCAUUGGGCUGGGCCGGCACAGAAAAACUUCUCGGUCCUUUAUUGGGUGGUCUAACUCAGCGACUGAACGAAGAUGGGGCACUCAGUUUACUCGAGACGAUUAUUAUGUCUCCGAAUACGCCAGAUAUCACCAUAGGACGACUAUCCGAACACCUCAUCAAGCUGGCCAUUUCCGAGACAGAGUCAUCAAAUACAGUUCUCGUUGCCCGACGCUUGUUGUCCCACGUUCAUCAACGUCACUCGGCCAUUCUACACAGCGUCUCAGAGGAGAUGACUCAAGAUGACGAGGAGCUAAAGCCAUCGUUGGACAACCUUGUAAUGUCUCUUUCUAUGAACCAAUCAUACAGCACGACCACGGGCACAUCAUCGAAAGAUGACAACAGUGAUACGAUCUUAGCCUCUACCAGUGCAGACGCUAAGAUACGUCUCAUUGCGGAUGAAAGACCUUAUCAAGAGAUAUCUUUCGGGACCAGUAACAUCAGAGCAAAAGUCAAGGCCUUGCUUUCUUCUGCGUUGGUUGCUCGUACCCAAGAUUCAGAUCAUCGUGUGCUGGAGGCUCUAUAUGAACAACCUGAGGUCAUUCUCCCUGCACUGAUCAAGGAUUCGGAAACGUACAUAAAUCAACUAUCAACCUUGCUCUCAAGUACAAAGCCGAAGCGUCCGGUCCUCAAGACUCAUCUAAGUUUCUUGAUUAGACAUUUCUACCAGAAAGUAGAGAUAGACACGUUGGAGAAAACUUUCCACAAAAUCAUUUUUCCUUUGAUGCUAUUCUCGAAACCUCGGCAGCUUACCGUGGAGCUGCUGUGGGAUAUCCUCGAGGAAAACUUGCCAAAGUCUGGUGCUGGAUACUACGAGUUGUUGAACGGAUGUGUUAAUUUAUGGACAUCGACUAAAGCCAAAGAUACUGCCGAUGGCGUCGAUAAGCUAGCGACCUUCAAUAUACAAGUCGCCGCAAGAAUGGCUGAAAACAUUCUAUCUUCUAACAACUUCUCACAUCAUCUGGACGAGCUGAUGGCCAAAUUUAACGAUUCCAAUGCCUACGUACGAAUAUUGGCUUACAUGAUUGCACGUUCGCUGCUUCGUCGUCUUUCUGGUAGCCAUCAGAUCGAUGCUGCCCACAAGGCGCUUCGGGCCCUUGAUCUGGAGCAGCUCUCAAAGGUCGAGGAUCCCUCGAGCGGUUCCGAAGAUCCUCCGGAGUACCUGGAUGACGACCGUAUCGGAAAGAGCGUUGUACUGAAGCCCAACAGCAAAAAUACGGCUUAUUGGCUCCAGAUGUCCAUUAUCACGAUAUCCGCUGGUGUCGCGAGUCCUGAGGGUAUAUUGGUCAACUGGCUUUCCACCAGGCCUAUGCAGGGAACGUCGGAUGACCGCGACCAUCGCUACGUCACCUUGAUGCGCUCGAUUUACGGGCUGGCAAAUUCGUCAAGCUCAAACGUAGCAAUGCACAUGCUUCGAACUUUGUUCAUGAAUAUCGCAGACGAGGCGCUGGCUUUUUUGACUGGUGUCUGGGCGAAUUGUGAUGAUGAAGAUCUCGCUGUAGUUGCUUUCGGACAUACCAUUGCUCUACUGAAGGCGCACACGUCUGGAGACGAGAGCGUCGACUUCCAGACCAUCGUCCCAUCGUUGCUUGUUUCUCUUCAAAGUCCCAACCUUGAAAUUAGGAAAGCGGCAUUACAAUGCAUAAGCCUAUUGGCGGAGGCGUCCGAGAAGAAGUACGCCAGAGUGUACGCAUUUGAUACUAUCUAUGGAGCAAGUACAGUGAACCUGCAAUAUCUUGACCAGGACGAUCUUAAACGGUAUCUCGCAGCUAUAGCCGAGCAUGAAGAGCAUCUGCUUCAUGACCCGGCGUUCCUAUCUAUUUUCCAUCUAGAAUAUCUCCAACGAUCAAACUCAGACAAACGGAAACAAGCACAAUACAAAUAUCGUAUCCUCUGCUAUCUUGCGUCACACAUUAACGUGUCUCCGUCCCCGCAUUCUCAGCUUUGCCUGCUGAGAUCUAUUGGCAAUAUUUCUGAUGAGGAUAAAGCUGCGAUUCUCCUUCCAUCUAUAAAGCUGGUUGCCGAGGACGCCCGGGCCAGGGACAUAUAUGGAUCAAUUUUAGAAGAGUUUACGUCCCUGCUAGUUUCCGCCUUCGACGCAUCGUCUGCUAAAAAAUUGAAUGCAGACAGUAAUGAAAUGUGGAAGACAUACUGUCAUUGUUUACGUUGCUUCCUGGGAACUGGCACCUUAUCGUCCUCAAGGACCAGGCUGACGGAAGGUUUAGAGCGAGGCUUGUUUGCGAACCUGACAAUGGAGCGGAAAAUUGAAGUUUGUGGUCUUCUCCUCAGUCUCAGCACAGAGGACUCCGAUGUGCCUGACUCCGGGAACAGUCCAAGGGCUAGCAAACGUCCCCGACUGGUAACUGAGCCUUCUCAAGAGACUCUUCCUCAGUUGAGUAUUUUAGCUGAAGUACUGGCUACGACUUCCCUGCCCGGUUCUUUCGAUGUCAUUGCUGCAAUGGUUCAGGCCUUGAGCAGCAUCAUACAGUCUUCGUCGUCAGAUAAUGUUGACAUUUCUUUCAUCGAACAAUCUAUGAUGUCCGCGAUCGACAAUGCUGCCGAUAAAGUCACGGAAGCUCCAAAUGUGGCACCAAGUGCUAUUCGUUUGGAAGUCUUGGUGGACCUCAUUCGCACCGCACAAAAUCCUCAGACGUUCCAGCAGGCGUUGUUACUUAUGGCUACAUUGGCCAGACUUACCCCCGACUCUGUGCUCCACAAUAUCAUGCCUGUUUUCACAUUUAUGGGGUCAAAUGUGUUCCAUCGCGACGAUACGUACAGCUUUACUGUUGUACAAAAGUGCCAGGUCAUGGUCUCUUCCUUGAAGCGUUCACAUUCUUCUCGAAUGGACCUUCAUCUGGGUUCUCGUGAAUUCUUGCGGGUGUUCACUGACGCUGCCAAUCACAUACCGCGGCAUCGUCGCACCAACUUCUUCAUUCAUUUGGUGGAUGUUCUUGGCCCUACUGAUUAUUUGGCGCCGGUUUGUCUUCUCCUCAUCGAAAAGGCCGCCAACCGCGCUAUCCGUCAAAGUCCGGAUGAUGCCCGCAGUACUUUCGCAUUGCCGCUGUCGCUCCUACAUCACUACCCCGGAGCCUUGCAGCUAUCUAUCCUCACCGAGAUGCUUGAGGAAAGCCACCGACUUGCUUCUAGAGCGAAAGAUCCAGAGAAUCUUGAACCGUCCUUCCUUGACGAUAAUUUCCAUGAAGAACACUCUGUUUCUUCCUCAACAACUUUCAGAAGAAGGGCUCAAGCUAUACUUGCUUUCGUCGGUUUCGCUGCGAAGUCAACACCUGGAUCAAGCGCUAGCAUCAGCACAUUUGUAUCUCUUCUGGUGCUUAUGGCAACUCUUCCAAGUGGUCAGGGAUCCGAUACUCGAAUGGAAGAUGUGAACAAAACUUCGCGUCUGUCGUUGGCGCAAGCGCUCAAAGUCAUGUCUGCUGUUGACUUCUUGAAUUCUGCGAUAGUCAUGCUCGAGUCUUCCGAACAAGCGGUACAGGUCGGUGCUCUAGAUCUCAUCGCCGAGCGGGUACCCCUGGUAUCGGACAGCGUUCGUCGAAAAUCUACCGAUGCCAUUGUGAAGAUCAUUGAGCGCACGAAAGACCUCCUCGUUUCUUUCCCUACUGGACCUAUUGCGGUCUCGGGUCUCAAGGCUUUACAGUCUAUUGGCGCCCACAUUUGUUCUGGAGAAGAGGCUGCAAUUACACAAGUUCUUCCUGUGUUGGUCUCUGAUAUCCGUGGAAAUAGGAACACGAUCUAUGCGAUGGCUGCCUUGUCGCCUCUGGCUGCGAAAUUAGGACCCAGGAUUAUUCCUUUCUUCCGUGAGAUCGUCGAUCUUUGCGUAGGUGCUCUUCGUGAUGGAGCAGAGGAUUUGAUGAUCAUUACGACUGAAGUGUUGCAUGGGCUUUUAUCAUCGAUUCCUCCGUUCUGGGGAAGCGGGGAACUUACUCAAGUCAUCAAGCUUUUCAUCGUCACUCCCAAAGGAGCGCGAACCGCGCCAUUAACAUCAUUUGUCAAGACUAUGACUAAGAAAGGCCCAGAGAAGGUCCUCGUCCCGACUCUCACCCAGAUAUGGGCGUCGUUGUUACCAAAUCCAUCCAUUGACCAGUACGAUGCUUUCUUCGAUAUCGUGAAGAAAUCCCUUCGUGUCGCCAGCAAAGGGGUUAUCCAGGACAAUCUGAGAACCCUUUUUAAGACGUUUUUAGAGGCAUUUGGCGCCUUGAGUUACAGUGAUCUCUCUCGAACACCAGUAAUACCCGCCUUCCUCGAGCUGAUCGUCAAGAUCAACGAAAAUACUUUUAGGCCUCUCUUCCGACGUCUUUACGAUUGGGCCUUCGUGACUGCUCCUGACGACGCGACGAGAAAGGUCACGUUCUGUCAUGUCUAUUCUAGUCUUUUGGAUUACUUUAAGGGGUUGAUGUGUCCAUACAUGUCGUUCCUCCUACAACCGUACAUCGAUCUCCUGAAGAGUUUCACCUCCUCAAGUCACAACAGCGCAUUAUGGUCGGCCGUGCUGGAGACCCUCACGAAGAGCAUGAACUACGAUGACGGAGUCUUUUGGCGGGAUAACAAAAUUCGGCAUAUAUCUCCGCAUCUGAUAUCUCAAGUUCCUGUCUGCUUGAAGCUGAACCUUCCAGAAGGGAAGCAACUCCUUCAAGACACGUUAUGCGCACUCACGGACAAUGCAACGGAUGACGUCUUGCUCAAGUCAAUCAAUCUCGAUCUUCUGAUGCAUACCCGUUCAGAGGAUGUUCAAGUGCGGUUGUAUGCCCUGGUGUGCUCAAAAACAUUGUGGCAGACACACGGCGGAAAACUUCUUGGAUUCGUGGCGGAGACAUCGACCUUCAUUGCAGAAUGUAGCGAAGACGAAAAUGAUAUGGUAGCGAGAGAGUCCUUAAAGCUAAAAAAUGCAGUAGAAAGCGUAGCAGGAAACAUAAAUGGUUUAUGA